CAGGCGCGGAAUGAGGAAAGGAUGACUGGGGUCACAGCUGGAAGCAUUCCACAUCCUCCUGUUACUGUCCCUCAGGAAGGCCCUCCCGCGUGGUCACACAGUUAUGAGGAAGAAGACGCCAGUUCUGGCUCAGGCCCAGGAUGGACAGCUCUGGUUUCCUGCUUGGCUCUGGUCCCCUGAGGCAGGUGCAGGGUAAGAACUGAGCAGGACUACUGACGCUCCCUACGAUGCCUGUCAGACUCAGGAUGGACAGGGUACAGCCAGUGGUCCCAGGGAUAAGAGGUCAGGGGUCAGGUGCGGCCAGCUUCCAGCAUCUCCUAAGCUGCACCACCCAGCUCCCUCUUGGAUUUUAUGGGAGUGCUUUUAGAAGCACGGGGAAGACUGUGCCCCACACAGCCCCCCUAUAUUCAAGUCUGUAAAAGCCACAGGCCAAGCCCAUAACCCUGUGAUCUGGGCAGCAGUAAUCAGGUCUCCAAUUCCGUCAAAGGCAGUUGAAGCUAGACCACCCUGAGCUCCCUGCACAGAAGGGAAGAGCAUCAUGCCCUGAGCGAGAGUCAGCAGGGAACAUAGGAUCCCUGGCAUACCCUGCUACACAGGUGUGUCCCUGCACAUGUAGUCCUGGAUGUGAGCAUCACAUGGUUGCCUAGCAUACCAUAUGAGGCUGCUCUUUCCAAACCAAGUGGACGAGGCACACCAGGGUAUCUGUCUCAGCAUUGUCAUCCCUGCUGAGGGUCAAGGUGUCCCAGCUUAUGUGUGCCACUUAGGUCCUCCCUGCCGCCUCCCCAGCCCAUGACUCAGGGGCAGACACAGGACAGUGUCAAGCUCAGGGCCACACACAAGGAUAGGAACUGUGUGGCCAGGGGGAUAGGACAGGCUGCUGCUGCAUGCUACAGGGGGCCGUAUUGCUCCUGGCAGCAGGAAUCAGAGAUGCAGUAACUGGAUCCUGAAGAGGAUCUGGCGGGCCACUGAGGGUGGAGGGCUGCGAUCAGGUUGCCAGUCUGCUGUGAGUUUUCCACUGGGCUGCCUUUUCUACCUUGGAAAAGAGCUGGGCUGGAAGCAGGGUCUCAGGUGGGGACUGGGAAGCCCUGAAGCAAUUGGCAGUAAGAAGAGAGACUAAGAACCGUGGAAUCUACAGUUUAUAGGGCAUAGGACCCAGGCAGCCAUGGGUGAGGACAAGGAGGUGGUCAGCCUCGCUUUUGUCCUGCUGGACAUUGACUCUGGACUUGGUGCAUCCAGGAGCCACUGAAAUCCAAGCUGGGGCUAAGGCAAGUUGGCUACUGCUUCUAAGCCGGUGCACUUCUGAUCCGCCCCUCUCACCCGCCCUCGGCUGCCCGCUGGCCAUGUAAGAUCUGCCUGGGUGGCCGAGGCCACAAGACAGAGGGAGGCAGCAUUGGAGCAGGUAGCGUCCAUGUCGCUGGCUAGGCUUGGGAGCCAAGGGUCAGAUAAACAGAUCUGGGCCUCAGGGGGGGCUACAGGCCCCCUGAACAGAACACUUAGAGAGAGUUCCUUCCCAGGCCCCUGAAGCAACGUGGCUAGCCUCAAAGAUGCCAACCAACGGUCUGCACCAGGUGCUGAAGAUCCAGUUUGGCCUUGUUAACGAUGCCGACCGCUACCUGACUGCAGAGAGCUUUGGCUUCAAGGUCAACGCCUCCGCAGCCAGCCUCAAGAGGAAGCAGAUCUGGGUCCUGGAGCCUGACCCGGGGCAGGGCACUGCCGUGCUGUUCCGAAGCAGUCACCUAGGCCGCUACCUGUCAGCAGAAGAAGAUGGACGUGUGGCCUGUGAGAUGGAUCAGCCGGGCCGUGACUGCCGCUUCCUGGUCUUGCCGCAGCCUGAUGGGCGCUGGGUGCUGCAGUCAGAGCCACACGGCCGCUUCUUCGGUGGCAUUGAGGACCGACUGUCCUGCUUUGCCACGGCCAUUUCCCCGGCAGAGCUGUGGACUGUGCACCUGGCCAUCCACCCACAGGCUCAUUUGCUGAGUGUGAGCCGUCGGCGCUACGUGCACCUGUGCCUUCAGGAAGAUGAGAUGGCAGCAGACGGUGACAUGCCAUGGGGUGUGGACGCACUAGUCACCCUCAUUUUCCAGAGCAGGCGGUACUGCCUCAAGUCUUAUGACAGCCGCUACCUUCGCAGCGAUGGCCGCCUUGUCUGGGAACCUGAAGCCCAUGCCUGCUACACGCUGGAGUUCAAGGCAGGCAAGCUGGCCUUCAAGGACUGUGACGGCCGGUACCUGGCACCUGUGGGGCCUGCUGGCACACUCAAGGCUGGUCGCAACACGAGGCCCAGCAAGGAUGAACUCUUCGACCUGGAGCAAAGUCACCCACAGGUGGUGCUGGUAGCUGCCAACCGGCGCUACAUCUCUGUGAGGCAAGGAAUCAAUGUCUCAGCCAAUCAGGAUGAAGAACUGGGUCAUGAGACAUUCCUGAUGCAAAUCGACCAGGAGACAAAGAAGUGUACUUUCUAUUCCAGCACUGGGGGCUACUGGACCUUGGUCACCCAUGGGGGCAUUCAGGCCACAGCCACACAAGUCUCUGCCAACACCAUGUUUGAAAUAGAAUGGCAUGGCCGGCGGGUGGCACUUAAAGCCAGCAACGGGCGUUUUGUGUGCAUGAAGAAAAACGGGCAGCUGGCCGCCAUCAGCGACUUUGUGGGUGAGCAUUCCCUGCCUUCCACGGCCUGGAAAGAACAGAUGGGGGUGGGGAGUGGUCAGUCCACAUCACCCUCUCCUGCAGGCGAGGACGAGCUAUUUACCCUCAAGCUCAUCAAUCGACCCCUCCUGGUGCUGCGUGGCCUGGAUGGCUUUGUGUGCCACCGCCGGGGCUCCAACCAGCUGGACACCAACCGUUCCACUUACGACGUCUUCCACUUGAGCUUCAGGGAUGGCGCCUAUCAGAUUAGAGGCCGUGGAGGUGGGUUCUGGUACACAGGCAGCCAUGGAAGCGUGUGCAGCGACGGUGACUUGGCGGAAGAUUUCCUCUUUGAGUUCCGAGAGCGUGGCCGUCUGGCCAUCCGAGCCCUCAGCGGCAAGUACCUGCGUGGAGGAGCCUCAGGGCUCCUGCGUGCUGAUGCAGACCUGCCUGUGGGGGAAGCUCUCUGGGAAUACUGAGGACUCACAGGGGGUCAACCCCAGAGCCCACCGACCCAGCAUUAAACCUUUGUUGCGGAGUUGC